CCUUCUUUUUUGUUUACCUGUUAAAGUUUUUCUUCUACUUAUGGCUUUUUAUUACUUUUCUCUCUCUGUUUUCUCUUCAUUGCUCUUCUCUGGCUACAGCUACAGUUAUUUUGUUCUAUUAUAAUUCCAGAAUUGAGCUCAUAGAAAAUAUAUAUAUAUAUAUGUACACGUGGACACCAAAUUUCUACAUGAAAAAUCAGUCUCUCUAGGUAUUUCAUUACACUUGGAAAAAAACCCACGUGUGCAUGCAGUGUUUCAAAUAGAUAUCGAGUCUCAAAAAAAAAAAAAUAAUAAAUAAAUAAGAAAAAAAUGUUCAACGGAGCAAACCCAGCUCCGGGUUACUACCAGUGCUUGACCAACCAGAAACAACAAUUUUCCGGUAUCGCUUCGGAGGAACAUAAUGAUCGUUGUAUGGACGAAGCAAUAUACGGCUCAGAUGAAUUCCGUAUGUAUGCUUACAAGAUCAAACGGUGCCCCAGAGCUCGAAGCCAUGACUGGACUGAGUGCCCAUACGCCCACAAGGGCGAGAAGGCACAGCGCCGUGAUCCCAGAAAAUACAAUUACUGCGCCGUCGUAUGCCCGGCGUACCGGACGGGGUAUUGCCACAAGGGCGAGCUCUGCGAGUUCGCACACGGCGUCUUCGAGUACUGGCUCCACCCUGCUAGGUACAGAACGCGCGCAUGCAAUGCCGGAAUGCUCUGCCAACGUAAGGUGUGUUUCUUCGCUCAUUCGCCCGACCAGCUCCGGCCGGAGAUCAAGUUCAAGAACUAUUGUCGGAAUCAUCAUAUGGUGGUUGACGGGUUGAGCAACCAAGGGAUUGUUGUUAAUAGGAUUCCGACGAUGGUGAUGACGACCAUCAGCAGUGGCGCUGGAGCCACGUCAUCGCAUCAGCAGCCUCAGCUGCCGCAGCUGCAGCAGGAGGAGAUGAAGAUUAUUAGAGAUGAUGAUGAUGAUGAUGGUGAUGACUCUUUCGACAAGUUCGCUGAAUUCUUGAAGACUUUAAAGGCUUUGAAGAUAUCGGAGGAUGAUGAAGAGGAAAAGAAAUCUGAGACUUCGGAUUUGGAAUUGCCACAUAUCAAAUGGAUUUCGGAGUUGGUGCAGUAAAUUAAAAGAGAAAGAGGGUGAGAUCAGCAAAAUAUGUAAAUUUAAAGAUGAUGAAGAAGAAGAAGAAGAUCGUGUGUGGAUGAAGUAAAUAGGGCUUUUUUAAACUUUUUUCCGUUUCAUGUAAAGCAGAUUUAAUUAAUGUCUUUUUAAAUUUUUUUUCUUCCUUGUUAUUAUAAUGUAUGUAUUUAGUGGUUUUAGGUUGCUGUGUUUUGUAACCUUUUUUUCGGGUCUUGGCUACAAAAUCAAUCCAUCACUAUCACCAUAUAUAGAAUUUUCCUAUGUUUUUCUUUUCUACUAA